CAAGAUGGCGUCUAAAAUAUCAGAAGAAAAUAGACGUUCGCAGUUUUUAUGGGCCAUAGGACUCAAUUACGCUAAAAUUGCGCCUGAAUUAUCGAGAUAUUACUUUUCUAAAUAUCAACAGCUACAACGAGACGACAAAUGUUCGUCGUUUUUGCAAAAAAUCUGUCAAUAUUGUGGAAGUUUGUUUGAUGGUUUGAACUCGAAGACAAGAAUCUCUAAGAAAAUUUCAUCAAAGAACAAGAAAAAAGACGCUAAAAAAUUACAGAAUAAUUCAAAGAAUUGCUCUCCACGACGAAAAAAGAAAAGCACCAUUAAUAUAUUGUGUUUGGUUUGUAAAAAGACUACAGUUUACGAUGGAAGUGAGAAAAUAAUUCGUCAGAAAGAGAAGAAAAAGAGGAUAGAAGGUAGAGAAGGGGCACCAACUACUCCUGCCUCUGGGCUUCAAACAGAAUUACCAGAGAAUUAUAGCUCGUUGUCAGCAUCAGCAAAGAGAAAAUGGAGAAAUAAAGUACGUAUUAAUAAGCUAAAGAGCCUGGGAGGAACGUGGCAGCCAGAAACUAAGUCUAAAGAUGACAACAAAAGAACAGGAUUGCUAGCUUUUCUAUCAACUAUAGAAAAAUAACUAAGAUAACUUUAAAUAUAUUUAUGCAGUGGUACAUCUGUGAAGUGAACAUCUAUGGGACCUUGCUCUGUGUCUUCUUAAUGAAGGUUUCCACUAUUAUUAUUACUAUUGCUAUACUAUUAUUACACAAUUACAUACCACGUCAUUCCCUAGAGCAUCAUUUCUUUGUUCAACAGGGCCCGGUUGUAUGAAGUGUGGAUAGAACUAUCCGACAGAUAAAUCUAUUGGAUAAAAGCAUCAACUUAUCAACUGGAUAAGGAUUUAUCUGUCGGAUAGUGCUUCCUUAAUACGAUUGGGCACUGUAGUCUCCUAUGCACGAUUUUAGUGUUGUCAUGCCACCCUAACUGGUGUUCAUUUUGUCACAACGGCUUGAUUAAGGGAGGAGAGGGUGGGUGAGUAGUAUGGUCAUGUGACCUGUGCCAAAGGCUAUUUAGCAAUUAUUAGUCCUCAUACCCAAAUGGGCUAGUGACUCGCACACUGUAAGCUAUUACAGCAAGAGGACUUAUUGUUUUAAUCAAAUCCAACUUGUCGGUCUGAUAUAUAAAUACAAACAAGUUUUGAAUUAAAGUAAAUUUAAUGUU